GCGUCCCACAGCAUAUAAAAAAAAGACACAAACUGGUGCCUCCAUUACUUGAUUGUUUCCAUUAUUCCAUACACCAAUCAGAAACUCCCCUCUGUCGGCCAAUUCCAUCGCCCAUUUUGAUUUUACUCCGACCAUCAAUAUCACUAUAAAUGAACUCCUUCAGUACCACACUCUGCCUCUCUGUCCCAAAUCAAAAUCAUGCCUUUCCUCUGUUUUUGGUGCUUUGCCGCCGCGGCUACCGCCGUUGCUCUCUUCGUCGCUGUCGUUUUUUUUCGAUUUUCUAUGAAGAAUAAGCCGCUGUAUCCAUCGCCGUCGAGGAUUUCGCAUUCUCCUCCUGGAAGCAGAGGAUUGCCUCUCAUCGGAGAGACACUCCAGUUCAUGGCCGCUGUCAACUGUAGCAACGGCGUUUAUGAUUUCGUCAGAAUCCGCUGCCUCCGGUAUGGAAGAUGCUUUAAGACACGAAUAUUUGGGGAGACACAUGUGUUUGUUUCGAGCAGUGAAACGGCGAAGCUUAUACUAAACGACGGCGGAGGGAGGUUCACGAAGAAGUACAUAAAGUCCAUUGCGGAGCUAGUCGGCCAUCAAAGCUUGCUCUGUGCUCCACAUCUGCACCACAAAUUGUUACGAAGUCGUCUCAUUAAUCUUUUCUCCUCAGUUUUUGGCCUUUCGUCACGCCAAUUCGAUCAACAGAUCGUCGACGCCUUUCAACGAUGGCAACUGGAUCCACCAUCGUUUCCCUCAACGAACCCUCAAGAGAAGAUAACAUGCAAAGCAAUGUGCAAGAUGCUGAUAAGCUUAGAGAAGGAAAAGAUAGAGGCAGUGCAAAAAGAGGUUGCUAUGUUUGUGAAGCUAUAGCUUGCAUUCCCAUGCCGAUUUCCAGGCACAAGAUUUCACAAAGCCUCAAAAAGAAUCAUAAAAAUACUUCGAAAAUGCAGCCAGGAGAGACGAGAAUCAGAGCCCUCCAUGUGGGGAUUUCUACAACGAUUAUAGGAGGAGGACGGUGGAGAACCGCUAUCAGAUGCUGGAUCGGAUAAUAAUUUGACAAUGUUGAUCGCUGGGCAAACGACGGCGAGUGCCAUCAAUUGGAUGGUGAAGUACUUGGAUGAGAAUCAACAUGUCCUUCUAAAUCUAAAGGAAGAACAAUUUAAAAUAUUGGGCAAACAAGAAGAAAAUGGGAGUUGUUUCCUUACAUUGGAAGACCUUGGCAACAUGCCUUAUGCUGCUAAGGUAGUAAAAGAAUCCUUGAGGUUAGCAUCUGUUGUGCCAUGGUUCCCAAGGCUAAUCCUCCAAGACACUGAAAUUGAAGGUUACAAAAUCAAGAAAGGAUGGAAUGUUAAUAUUGAUGUGAGAUCACUUCAUUUAGAUCCUUCACUCUACAAAGAUCCUAUCAAGUUUAAUCCAUCUAGGUUUGAGGAAGAAGCAAAGCCCUUUAGCUUUCUAGCUUUUGGAAUGGGAGGGAGGCAAUGUCUGGGAAUGAAUCUAGCCAAAGCCAUGAUGCUUGUCUUUCUUCACCGCUUGGUCACUUCUUUCAGAUGGAAGGUCAUGGACUCCGACUCUAGCAUUGAGAAGUGGGCGCUUUUUACCAAAUUAAAGAGCGGUUGUCCGAUUCUCAUCACACGUAUUGAGUCUUAAACUGCGUUGUAUUUUAAUAAUAUAAAUUUAAGUUUUUUCUUUAAAUAAUUUUCUCACUUUUUCAUCUUUAUUAUAUAUAAAAUAACCAAGGACCAGAUUCUAGAAGAGAUUUUCAUAAAGUAUUGGACUUGGAUGGUGUAUAUUGAUGUAUAAAAGUAAUACAAAAGGUUGAAAAUUAUCACUCGAUA